UGUCUCCCAAGCUGGUUGCGUCAUUACUUGUAAACACGUUACGUCAGUUCACUUUAGUUCAUUCAAUGUAUGAAUUACAUUUGACUUUUAUCUCGCCGUUUUUAUAAAACCUUGUUUUUUUUUGCUAUAAAAAUGAAUGUUUAACUGAUAAAGUAUUAAAUGAGGGAAAUAGAGAUACUAAAUCAUUCAGAAGUUGAAGUACAGAUGGCUGAUAUAAAGGCUUUAGAACAUCCUACUUUAAAGGUGCCAUAUGAAGUUUUAAAUAAAAAGUUCAGAGCAGCACAGAAAAAUAUUGAUAGAGAAGCAUCACAUGUACAGUCAGCUGUCUCAGAGAUAGAAAAGGGUGUUGCAAAAAGAUCACCUACAGUUGGAGAACUGAAUGAAAUCUUAGGAGGUGUUGUCGAAAAGUUAAAUAUUCUGAAAAGAAAGGCAGAAGAAAGUAUUAAUGAAGAAUUACAGGCUGCACAUGUUUGUAAACGUAGACUUGAUCACUUGAAAGAACAUUCUACUACUAAUGAUAAUGCUAUUGCUCAAUGGAAGAAAAAACGCUUAGAUAGAAUGUUAGUUGAGCAUUUUCUGCGAUCAGGAUAUUAUAAUACUGCUCUGAAAUUAGCCAAGCAUUCCAACAUUGAGGAUUUGACCAACAUUGAAUUGUUUUUAGUAUCAAAAGAAGUAGAAGAAUCAUUGGCUGACAAAGACACAUCAAAAUGUUUAAAUUGGUGCUAUGAUAAUAAAUCAAAAUUAAGAAAACUAAAGAGUUCUUUAGAAUUUAACCUCCGGCAACAGGAAUUUAUAGAAUUAGUGAGAAAGGAUCAUAGGAUUGAUGCUGUAAAUGUGGAGUAUAACCAAAGAGCCAUGAUUAUCGAAAGUGUUCACGCUGGACGCUUAAUGACAGAAAUCAUUCGGUUCUUUGGGUGCCUGAGAUUGACUGUAUAUGAUGUCGUCACAAAGUACAAUGAGUCAGAGAAGUCCAACAAAGAUUUUACAACACCGAUGAGGAAAAUUCACUCAAAGGUUCAAGUUGUCAGGAUGCCCAAAAUCAUUCAACGGACUCUGGAGCUGACUUUUGAGAAUUCAGGAUGUGUAGGUGGUAUAUUUGCUUUGGCCAAUCCUUUAGGUGAACCAUUAUGCAAUUUACACAAACUAUUUUUAGAAGGAAAAUUACAAGAAGCACAGAGUCUUCAACUUCGACUGAUUUCUCCAAACAUAUAUAUUGAAGAGAUGUUACUUAAUCAACAUAUUAAACAACUACCAUUAGAAAAUUCAGAAAAGAUAGGAUAUAUAUUGUCUAUAUCAUUAAAUUUCACAGAAUUGCUAGAAGAAUCUAGAUGGGAUACUUUAGUUCAACAAUUUCGUCAGGAAAAUUUUAAAUUAUAUCAACUUAGUAAUUUUUCAGUAUUUUCGGUUGCUCUUCAGGCAGGAUUAUCUGCUCUUAAAACUCCUCAUUGCUACAAGCCUGAAGGUGAAAGAAAUUCUGAUUGUCCUAUUUGUAGUCCCUCUUUAAAUGUUUUGGCCCAAUCUCUUCCAUAUGCUCAUUGCUCUCAAUCUCGUCUUGUAUGUUACAUUUCUGGACAACCUUUAAAUGAACAUAAUCAUCCUUUGAUGUUGCCUAAUGGUUAUGUUUAUGGGGAAGCUUCAACUAAACAAAUGGCUGCCGAACAUAAUGGAAAGGUUAUUUGUCCUAGAACAAAAGAAGUAUUUGAUAUUAAAGAAGCUGAGAAAGUAUUCGUAAUGUAAAUAAAAAUGGUCAGAGUGUAGUUAUAAUUGUGACAACGUGAACUUUACACAUGUUCAACUCACUUUUCUAUCAGGAAUAAUCUAGUAAAAUAUAUAUAUAUUGAAUUUGACUUAUUCUUCAAUAGAAAUUAUGAAUAAUCUUGUAGAAAAACUGCUUUUGAAACUAAGUUAUUUGCAAAUAUAAUUAAAUGUAAUUAAAAUCAAAGUAUCAUAAUGAUUAAUAUGAAGCUUUAUAAAUGACUUGUGAAAUAAAUACUGUAUGCUUCUUUAAAGAA